AUGGCGGAACGAAUUAAUUCGUUAACCCGAGGCCCACGUAUAUUGGAAAAACGAGAAGCCGUCAGAGUUGCAACGCAUCAGGUUGAAUAUAACUUUCGGUAUCUUCAGUGCCCACUGAAGCUUACCAAGAAAUUAAAAGAAGAUGAUGAAAUAACGUAUGAGCCACUUAUCACUCUAAAUUCCAUGGUACGUCAUAAUCGUGUUGAACUACUCAGCCAUUCUGUCUGUACAGAAUAUUUACUCAUGAAAUGGAUGGCCUAUGGAUUUAGAGCACAUCUUCUGAACCUUGCUGUGUAUUCCCUUGGUUUAAUACCUCUAACCCUCCUGAUUAUCCAUAUUGAAAGACCUGCACUAUCUUCCAAUACUACAGUUAAAUUGGGACCUUUUAGUAAACAGAAUUCAUACUUCAUAAAAGUGUGUAUGUGUUUGGUUUUCAUCAUGAGUGUUUUUGGAAUCUGCAAAGAAAUAAUACAGCUUCUCCAACAGAAACUGAAGUAUUUAUUAGAUUAUUCCAACCUCCUUGACUGGAUAAUUUAUUCUACAAGCAUCGUUUUUGUAUCAUCUUUAUUUGGUAGUCUCCCAGCUAAUUUACAGUGGGAAUGUGGUGCAAUUUCUAUAUUCUUGUCUUGGAUGAACUUCUUGCUGUAUCUACAAAGAUUUGAAAAUUUUGGAAUAUACGUUGUGAUGUUUUGGGAGAUUCUGAGGACUCUGAUCCGGAUUGCUAUUGUGUUCUUCUUCUUGAUGUUAGCCUUUGGACUGAGCUUCCAUGUUCUUCUUGGUUCACAGCUUGGCAACUACCUCAGUAGCUGCCACCAAUUAUGUAGAGACCACUACUACUAUCGCAGUAGCUGA